UAUCGUCGUCAGCAAAUGUAGUCAAAGUCGAAAAAAGUUUAAUAGGUAAAUAUCUGACUCCAAGACAGCAAAGGCUGGAGCAAUUGAAAAGUUACUUAAAUAUAUCGGAUUCGAGGCAGUUGAGGCUGAAGCUAUCAAAGACUUACUAACUCUACCAAAACCACAUACGUCUUAAGUCGACAACAGAGAUUCAGUCGCCGGACAUGCGUGUGGAAUAUUGGCCUGCAUUAAAUCGGCUGGAAGUCGGUGAUACCGAAGAUUUUCAAAACGGACAACCUAAUCAAAUGAAGAACUAAACCGGCUUUCAAAAGGAAAUCUAAUCGUAUCGUUAAACGGUUGUCAUAAUUAGUCAUCGAUGCUUGAACGCCUCAGGAAGCAAUAUGCAUUGGAAAUGUCUCAUCGUUUUCAAAAACAAUUGUCAUUUUAAAGAAAGGACGCUGUGGUUGCUAGCUUUAUCGCUGACCGCCGUCGUGUUUAUCUGUACGUUGUGCAUUUCUCUGUUCCUACCGGUAUGUGUUUACGAAGCCGGGAUGAAAGAGCAUCGCUUAAACAUUGACGUGCUCGAAAACUCCCUCGCUAUCCCUCAAGAUACUCGUCUUCGUGAUUUCACGUUAGUAGAGCGAUUACGGGAGAACAAUAGCAAAUUAUCCACAGAACUACGUAAACAGCGAGAGACUGUGAAUAUUCACGAGAAAUUGGCUAAAGUUAUGCAGAAAGACUCGUCAUUGGUUACAUUGGGAAGCAAACGACAUCAAAAUAUUCUGAUUAUAUCGAUCCCACAUUCAGGAGAGUUGCUGUUGGGAGAGUUAUUCAACCAGCAUCGCGAUGUUUUUUACUUAUUUGAACCAUUUCAUUCUCUUAGUUAUUUCAGGGACAACAGACCACCCGAAGUCUAUACUUCUAUGUUAAGCGGUUUUCUGCAAGGCAUUUUCAGCUGCGAUUUCGGAAACUUCAACUUUUUUAGCAAAUUUUUAUCGCUGCACUACGGAGCUUUGGUUCAUCGGCUUGCAAGCCGCACGCUGUCUUCCCCACCGCUCUGUCCCGAGGUGAUUUACGGCCGUCACUACAAUAUCCGACUUUGUAGCCACCUGCGACCGCCGACGCUUAAAGCGAUUUGCGAAUUGCACGACUUUACAGUGGUCAAAACUACGCAAUUAGUAGAUUUGGAAAGGCUGGCGCAACUCGAUGAAGGUUGGGGCAACCCGUUUCGUGUCGUGGAAUUGGUGCGUGAUCCACGCGCGAUACUAUACACGGAGUUACGCGAACGCGACAAUAUCACUGAAUCGUGGAUAAUCCACAAGGCGAGGAAUAUCUGCACGCAACAAUUACAAAACAGACGCUACGUGAAACGUAACGAGUUUCCACCGACCGAGCACUAUCUGAUGAUAAAGUACGAAGAUCUUAUUGGAAAUCCCUUUGAAGAGUUUAAAAAUCUUUGCAGCGUCGUAGGCUUGUCGAAUAGCAGACAUGCAACUUCGUGGUUGAAGGGCGUCCUGCGAGACGGUUUCGCGUGGCCGAUGGUGGUCGCGGAAACGGGGAAUAGCAGCAGAAGAAAUAUAAAUUUGACUCGAAGUAUCUCGGAAUGGCAAACUGGGUUGAAACUAUGGCAGAUACGUUCGGUCGAACGGGAAUGCCACGCGGCGAUGAGAUUACUCGGUUAUGAAAUAUACCGCGAUACAAACAUAGAUGUAUUUUGAAUGCUGAUAUUUGUAUAGUCUAUAUGUCUUCGUAUAUUUCUGCGGCCUAUUCAUGCCAAUUAUGGGCCUACACGAAAACUGUCGGUUUUAUAAAAUUCAAACCACGUAAAAUCGUUAGUAAAUUACACGAGUGGGCAAUCCAGUCAAGAAGGUUAAGAGUUGAAUACAUAUUUUUAUACAACCGUCCCUAUACAUAAAGGGGGUAUUUGAAGUCGAUUUGAUGUGCCUAGCUGUUAGAAAAAUCUCCAAGAAAUAGAAAUUUGCCUGCUUCAUUACUAUUCAAGUUACCAAAAUCGAUGACUGAUUUAAUAGUUUUAGUUUUCAAUCUAACAUUAAUGGGUUUUUUAUUACGUAAAAGU